AUGGCGGCGCCCAACCGGAGAGGCAGCAGCGGCCGGAAGAAGAUCGUCAUCCGCCGGAUCGAGCAGGAGGAUGCCCGGUUCGUCUGCUACUCCAAGCGCCGCCAGGGGUUCUUCAGCAAGGCCACGGAUCUGGCGGUCCUGACAGGCGCCCACGUGGCCGCCCUCGCCUUCUCUCCCCGCGGCAGGGCCUUCUCCUUCGGCCACCCCUCCGUCUUACACACGAUCGCUAACACCGUCGACUCCGUCGUGGAACGCUUCCUGGCGGGGGAGGCUGCGGGGGCUGGCGCGAGGGAGGAGGGCGCUGCCGACGACCGCUUGCUGGCCGGGGAGGGUGCUGCCGGCGAAGACGAGAAGCUCGAGAAGCUGCAGCAGGAGUUCGACGAGCUGCGCACGGAGCUGGCCGAGUUGAAGAAGCGGACCAAGCGCACGGACAAGGCCAUGGCGAAAGAGCGCUCUGCGGGGGACCAGAUAGCGGCUUGGUUCGACACCAAGGCGCGCGACAUGGGAGACGAGGACAUGGCGGCCUUCUUCGCCGCGCUGAUGCAGAUGAAGGACGCCGUCUCCGAUCGCGCCAACCAGGUUCUUCUCGAGGCGAUGCACGCCCACAUGAGCCGCAUGGCGGAGGUGGCCCCACCACCGCCGCCGCCCCAGAUCUUCGGUGGUAACACCUUCGAGUUCGGUAGCAGCAGCGGCACCGCCAACGACGGGAUGGAGUUCCAGUUUCUGGGGCCUCCACCACAGGAGCAGGGGUUCGAGGCCCGGAUGGAUAUGCAGCAGAUGGUGAUGGCGCCGCUGCCUCCGUCUCACGUGGUCGCCGCCGGGAUGGAUGUGCAGGACAUGCCUCCGCCGCCGGGGUUGGCCGCCGGGAUGGAUCUGGAGCAGAUGCAGAUGACGAUGCCUAAGCCGCUGGGGUUCGACGCAGGGCUAGACAAGGAGAUAGAUCAAUGGCUUGAUGUGAUGCUGCCGCGUCCGGAGUUCACUGCCGGGAUGGAGACGGUGCAGCAGGGGCUCCAUCAACCCAACGCCGGCUUCCCGUACUGAGAUCCAAACCCAGUCAGAGCCCGAGUCCAGUGCAUGCAUAUGGACACUAGUUUCGUAUGCCUAGUUUACAUAUGCAUCUUCUACUCAAGUCUUCGCGUUAAUUUUUUGUUUUGUUUGA